UGAAGGGAUAUGACGUUUUAGUCAGCUGAUGGCGAGAAGUUAGCUGCGGUCACCUGUCAAGACGCCAUUGUUAUUGUGACAAUUUUGUUGCACUGAGCUACAGUGUUCUUUGUCUUCUCCUGCAGUUCGUGGUUUAUAGCGUCGUAUUUAAUAUAGUGAUAAAUUAUACGCGUUUACGUACCGUUCAAUAAAUUGAACGGACAUAAGACAUCGUAAUGGGUCUUAUUUGCUCUACGGCACAGCUUGCUUGCCUUUGUGGAAGCACAGCUUGCAGCUUCUGUUGCUCCCAAUGUCCAACAUGUCGCAACAGUACAAGUACUCGUAUUAUGUAUGCAUUAUUAUUAAUGCUGGGAACAAUUGCUGCUUGUAUUACAUUGGCUCCCGGUUUACAGGACGCACUUAAAAAGGUUCCAUUUUGUACCAAUAGUUCAAAUUACGUACCAUCAAAAUUCACCGUUGAUUGUGAAUCUGCUGUUGGAUAUUUAGCAGUCUAUAGAAUAUGUUUUAUUAUAGCCCUUUAUUUCUUCCUAAUGUCAAUUAUGAUGAUAAGAGUAAGAAGUUCUAAAGAUCCUCGGGCUCCUAUACAAAAUGGAUUCUGGGCUAUUAAAUAUCUUCUAAUAAUUGGUGGAAUAAUUGGUGCUUUCUUUAUACCUGAAAAAUCAUUUGGGACAACAUGGAUGUAUUUUGGUAUGAUAGGAGGCCUUCUUUUUAUUAUUAUACAAUUAAUUCUGAUUGUUGAUUUUGCCCAUACAUGGGCGGAUAAUUGGGUAGGAAAUUAUGAAGAUACUGAAUCAAAAGGAUGGUAUGCUGCACUUUUGGGAGCAACAUUAUUUAAUUACGCUGUUUCUAUUACUGGAAUUGUUCUAUUGUUUAUAUACUUUACACAUGCAGAUAGUUGUGAUUUGAACAAAUUUUUCAUAUCUUUCAACCUGAUUUUAUGUGUAAUUGCUAGUAUUAUAUCAACUCUAUCAACUGUGCAAGAACAUAAUCCACGAUCUGGUCUUCUUCAAUCAUCUAUUGUAUCCCUGUAUGUUGUUUAUUUAACUUGGAGUGGAAUUUCAAAUAGUCCAGAUCGUGAGUGCAAUCCUGGAUUUUUAGGGUUAAUUUCUGGCAAUGAUGCUGAUGCAAAGAAUCGUGUUGCCUUUGAUAAGGAAAGCAUUAUUGGAUUAAUUAUUUGGUUUAGCUGCGUACUGUAUAGUUCUUUGCGUACUGCAUCUAAAUCAUCAAAGAUUACAAUGUCCGAAAACAUUUUGGUCCAGGAUAAUGGAGCUGUCAGGAAUGCAGGAGACCAAAGUCUUAUCAACAAUGAAGAUUAUACUCCGGUAAAAGGUCGCAAUCCUGAUUCAGAAACUGGAAAUGAAGCUAAAGUUUGGGAUAACGAAGAAGAUGCUGUAGCUUACAACUGGAGUUUCUUCCAUCUCAUGUUUGCUCUGGCCACUUUAUACGUUAUGAUGACACUUACUAAUUGGUAUCAGCCAAAUUCCAAUUUGGAUACCUUGAACUCUAAUACUGCUUCAAUGUGGGUAAAAAUUAUAUCUUCCUGGAUGUGCUUAACGCUGUACAUUUGGUCAUUGAUAGCUCCAGCAGUAUUAACAAAUCGAGAUUUCUCUUAAAUACAUUAUCUUUACAUCAAGAGUGGUAAUUAGCAGUGUUUGCAAUGCCUCUAUAAUUAAGACUUUAUUGUAAAAUUUCCAUCUGUAGAGUGAUAACAUUGUAAGUAUCAUUUGAUAUAUUAUUCUGUUUGAUAUAUUUUUAAGUUAAUUUGUUUUAAUAUCAUUAAUAUAAUACAUUCGUACAUAUUAAGUGGUAGAUUUAGUAGAAAUAGUUUAUAAGCUUUUUUUAAAUGAAUGCAGAUUUUUAUUGCGGGAAACUAUAUUGUUUUGAACAACAAUGGGUUUACAGUCAGUUUCAUAUAAUGAAAAUAUAAAUUAUUUCUUGUAUAUAUUUUAAAUGUUCAAAAUGGAAUCAUUUUUGUUCUUGUAUAGAAAUUAAAUUCUAAUUAAAAUUGUUUAAAUUAACAACAUAAUAUUAAAAUAUAUUCAAGUUCUAUAUA